UAAAGAGACUCCUCUUCUCUCUCUCCUCCCUCCUCCUCUCUCUCUCUCUCUCUCUCUCUCCCUCCUCUCUCUCUAUGAGAGAGACCGGUAGUUUAAGAUAGAGAGGAGCUGCGUCUGCUUCAGCUAGAGAUGAAGAACGCAAUCCGAUGCUGCAUCUCUUGCAUUCUACCAUGCGGAGCUCUCGACGUGAUCCGAGUCGUUCACUGCAACGGCCGAGUGGAAGAGAUCAGCGGCUCCAUCCGCGCCAGCGAUAUCAUGAAAGCUCACCCCAAGCACGUCCUCAAGAAGCCCUCUUCCUCGCCGUCAGAUCACGGCGGUGUCGUCCCCAAGAUCGUGAUCGUUCCUCCCGACGCCGAGCUCCAGCGCGGCAAGAUUUACUUCCUCAUGCCAGUUCCUUCCGAGAAGACGACGACGAAGUCGACCAGAGUGAAGAAGAGGAAAGUCGAGGCGGGAAAUAAGGACAGCUCCAACAGCGUCGUUAUGAACAGUAUUGCCAUGACCAACCUUCUGAUAUCGGAUCAGUACUUGAGUGAGAUACUGUCGGAAAAGGUUUCUACGCAGAGGGAUCGGCGGCGAGGACGUGUCGGUGUGUGGAGGCCUCACUUAGAGAGUAUAUGCGAGUCACCAAGUGAUGUGUGAUCAUAGUCGCCGGCCGGUGAUCUUCUUCUUAUGAUUCAUUUUGAAGGUUCAUCAUCUACUAGGGUUGCAAAUGAAGUACUUCUUUUCUAUUCUUUCUACCUUUUUAAUUUCUUUUUUCUUUUUUAACUUCUUUUCUUUGUAUAUAUGGGAACUAAUAGGAAAAGCGAAAUAAUGCAAACCAAGGCUGGGAUCUCAUGGAUAUUUUGGAUUAUAUAUA